AUGACCCAGAUGUAUGAUCAGCCCAGCAUCGCCCUAGACAAUCCUGGCACUUGUACACUCCAUCGAGCCCGCAGAUCAAGCAAUUCCUGUGCACUGGAGGAGCUUCUCUAUCGAGCAGGGAGCUUGGAAGUGGCAGAGGGUGGAAAGCCUGGUGGUCAAGCUCCUGAACUUCAUCACCCAUGUCAUUCGAAAUGGAUGGACCUGCAACUGGUUGCACUGUUUUUCUUCAGUCCCAAGCUCAAUGACAAACUGUUGAAGAAGAGGCGCAAGAUCUAUCGCACCUGGCUGUACAAUCACACAAAGGUAAAGCAGAGGAGAGAUAAGAUCAAGUACUGGAAGAAGUGGACUGCUAGGAUGGUGGUAUCUCAUGAAAAGAGAGACCAGGUGCUGCAGAGGAUCGAGGAUGAGACUGGGCUGAAGCCAGGCAAUCCUCAGAUGUUCAAAUACUACCAGGGAACUGUGAAAAAGGUUGUCGACAAGAUGCCUGCCAACGAGAUGGAGAUCGCAAAGGAGACCGCUGAAAAAUGGUCCAAUGACUUUCCACCCCCAGAGAUCCAGGCCUCAGUUGCAACCAAGAAAGGCCCAACAUACAUCGAACAUUUCACCAAGGAGAUGUGGAGGCAAUGUGGGAUGAGAGUCUUCAUGGUUACAGCUUGGAAGGAUGAGAAGGGCGAGGUGCUGUGUGGAACACAUGACUUCAAUGAUAAGUUCAGAGGGGACAGCUUUAUGAAGAUGAAGGACUGGUCAAAUAUCCUGCCUGUCUGGCAGGAGUAUGCCGAGGAACAGUUACCUGACUUGAAUAGUCCAUGA